AAAAGAGGUGUUUUAACUUACACAGUUUAGUUUGUUGUACUUAAAACUUUUGAUUGGACAUUUUUUUAGUUAAAUUAAUUUAUCUGGUUUUACAGUGUAAACACGUUGCCUGUGUAUGUGACAAAAAACAACCUUUCACUCCUUAACAUACACAUACAUAAGCAACCAACGCAGACAGUAACAGUGUGUCUUGCUGUAUUUGGCGAAAAUAUGAGUACCUUCCAGUUCAUCCAUUUCAUCAUGGGAAUCCAUUUUCAUAAAAUGAGGCUUGAUGUUAAUACACUCAGUAUGUUUUAGACGGGAAACAAAAGAAGAAAGGACUGGAUCACUCUUAAAACUGCAUUAUAGCUGGUACGAAGCAUCUUUUUACAAGCAAAGUGUUACAAUUCUGUUGAUUUACUCUCCUUGUCCUAAUAUUCAGUUUCAAUAGCUAAAGAAUCAAUCAGCACACACAAGCACACACACAGACCUUUAUCUGUCUAACUGAAAGAGGACAAGGGUGUGGCUGACCAUAAGCGCAUCAACAGUUAAACAUGGAAUCUUUUGUGAUCAUUUUCAGACUUUCAUUUACCUCAAGCAGAGGAAAAAAGAAAAAAAACUGUCACCACUGUCAGGCUAUUGUAAACGCCUCAGGAGAGCUCAUUUGUAAUUGUGCAAAUACAUUUUAAUGAGCGUUUGCUAAGACUAACAGUGGUGACUGUCCAUAAGAGUUCCUUUUUGGCUCCUCAUUCGUCAGGAACCUCUCACCUGGGAAAAUAUGACGUUUAAGCUGUGUGUAAUCAUAUUGAAUCUAUCUGUGUUCAGUGGUAAAACUCAAAUCAGUCAAAGAGCUUGAAAUUAGAUAGGUGUCACUUGAAGAGCCAGUUUUUUGUCCAGGACAAAGUAAAGUGGAGCAACCUUUUUACCAUUUCAUUUCCAUGCUGCAGCACACAGGCUGGUGCUUUGCAUACAGUUAGAGCGCAGCUCCGGAAGGCAACAACCCACAGUACAGUCAACAGUCUCCUGCAGGCAUUUUAGGAAACACUAACACUGCAUAUAUAGCCAGAUCAUCACACAACAAUAAGAGAUUUAUCAUCAAACUGAGCAGCCAGCCUACUAGCCUACUGUUUUCAGAUGUGACUACCAGUUUAUAUGUGUCCCUUCUAUCUUUUAACCAUCUUCAAAAUGUGGUUGUCUAUUCAACAUAGAGAGCCUAGCACAUAGCAUAUCUAAGAACAGUAAAGAUAAGUUGACCAAGGUUCUGACAGAGACUUGCUCAACUGUAAUUGAAGCACAAAAAGGGGCGGUACUGGUGUUAUAAUGACGUAAUGACAUUAUGUAUUGGCCUGUAACUUUUGAACCUUAAGUCUCAGAAAAAGUCUUUUUUUCUGUGGGUCCAGACAAAUCUCUUCAUAUAAGCCACACCUAUUUGCUUCUACAUUGUUUUUUCUCCAUUUUGAAUUUUGUCCAAAUCGGUUUUUUCACUACUCCUUCCUCCAGUCCUGUAAAAACCAAUUCCAGUGAACUCCAAAGAGAAGUUCUUCAGUAAGCCUUGAGCAGGACUGGAGCACUGGUAUUUAGUUUCUCUAUUUAGUUUCUUUAUUAUUUACCAAUCUGACUAUUGCGGCAACACAUUGUUUCUGCUGUUUCGACCACUGACAGAAAACUUGAAGAACUAAGCGUGUAGCUGUUUGAUUUUAAUGUGUAUGAAAGAGUUUGGUAUCUUUUCUUUACUUUAUUCUUCAUUGGGCCAGAUUGUUGUUCAUGAAUUAUUAUUAUGUUUAGCACUUUUGAGAUGUAGGACCACAUAUGGCUAAAUGUAGCAGGAGGGCAGGGUUGAGGUGAGUUUAUACUGCUGUUCAGUUCUGACGUUCUUGGAGUGACCUCUAUUGCUAUUUGCAUGAUGGGGUUUAGUCUCGGCCUGCAUUUGUAUUUGCCAUGCAUAGUACAGUGAAAUAAAGUGCACUCAGUUCAUUUUCCUCUUAAGCAAACACUGACUGUGAAGACUAUUAUACAAGUUUACUUUCAAAAUAUGUUGCUCUUCAUUUGCAGAAUGACAUUAUUAUUCUAUAACAUUACAAUAACAAGUAAGAGAUUUUAUAGUUUUUAAUCCACCCAUCAUCCAUUUUGUAUAUCACCCUUUUCUGUUCAUGUUCACACGGGCUGGUGCCUAUCCCAGCAUGCACCAGAAGAAACAGAACAGAAUAAAAAGUGCCAUCAUAUAUGUGAAAUUAUGUAAACAUGGGACAGCAAGUGCUUGACAUCUUUUCUGAGUGUGUGAAUGGCCUUUGUAUGCAUUUUUACAAGCUUUAAUCCCACCAAACAAUUGCAACAGAAAGAGGCCAAAAAAAGAGAAAGGGCUGAUUUACCUAGCAGUUAAGGCUGUGGCUCCUCUGUGCUUGCUCCUGUUACUCAGACCGUGCCCUUUGUCUGGGGCCAGGGCUUGGUAGGGACAAAAAUUUGCAUGCCAAGGGCCACUUGAAUGCGAAGCUCCCCGGAUUCUCACUACCUGACAUGCAAAACCAGUGGGGGACCAGUUAAAAUGGUGCACACGCACAGUCAACACAGGUGUACUCCAGUCAAAACACUGAGCCUCCUACCCCUCCUUCUCUACAGCUCUUCACCACUCUUCCCAGAGAGUAUUAUGGAAAUGAGCGCUGUGAUUUUGCUGGGAUACUGUGCAUGCAGGUUGUCAAGGGAAGAAGGUUGGCUGUAAGGUGAUGUCCAAGUUGAUAUAAGAACAGACCAAAAACUUAGUUGUGGAGGUUGAGAGGUGUGGCGUUUGAGUGCAAGGAUCAGAGGUUGAGGGUCAGUUAAAAGGCUAAAGUACAAAAAAAAUAGGAAUAAAACAGAAUUCACAGGAUGCCGAGGUCUUUCCUUGUGAAAAAGAAACGUGGAGCAUGUGGAGCAUGGCAAUGGAAAGAGCCAGAACAGCCUGAGUGGAAUGAAGAUGAUACAGUCGAAAGUGAAAAUGCUAAGGAGGAGCUAUCCUGCAGUCCUGGCACCCAGCAGCCUGUCACUGUGCCUCAGCCAGCAGCCACCUUAGGAUGUGGGACAGCAGCAGAAGUGAGGGUGCCAAUACCUCUAGCAGGAUCAGGAGGACCAAGGGCUGACACCAGGCCGGACUGGUCCACACUGAUGCUCCGGGGCUCCUUUUACCAUCCCAGUACACUGGCACUGGUCAGCAGAGCAAAGCCCAGACCCCGUAAUUCUCCUGGCUCAGGCGACUUCGUGUGCUCUGUGUGCCACAAGAUAUUCCCUCUGCAGCGCAUGCUGACUCGCCACCUGAAGUGCCACAGCCUGGUGAAGAGACAUCCUUGUCGUUUCUGUGGUAAAGGAUUCAAUGAUACCUUCGACCUCAAGAGGCAUAUGCGAACACACACAGGUAUCCGUCCCUACAAGUGUGAACUGUGUGAGAAAGCCUUCACACAGCGUUGCUCUCUGGAGUCCCACAUGAGGAAGAUUCACGGUGUCCACCAACAGUACGCCUACCGCCAGAGACGCUCCAAGAUCUUUGUGUGUGAGGACUGUGGUUUCACCUCAAGCCGCCCUGAUGAGUACUUCUUGCAUGUGAGACAGUGCCACCCAGGCAGUCCCGCCCUCCGAAGGUACUACCGCCGGCAGGCCCACGAGAACAGCAGCUUUACAUCGGCAGACCGUAAACUCAACCCCUAUCUGCUGUACUCAUCCCCUGCAUACUACAUGUAGAAUUCAUUCUAAUCCUGAACUACAUUAUAUUGUAGCUGUUCCAUAAGCCAUUCAUUAAUGAAAAUAUUUGAUAGUUUUAAUGAAUUAUUGAACUGUACAACACUUAAGCUAUGUACUGUAUGUACCCUUUGUGUUCAUCAUCAUUUUUAAUCAACAUUUAUGCUCCUUAUACCCCUGUUUUAAUGACUUUAUCUUUUUUGUUCUUGCACUAUGUUUACUGUCAAUAAAAAUGAAGGAUAAAAAAAAAAA